AUGUCAAGACGACCAGUAUUAGAGGAUGUCAAUGAUGACGAUAUAGAUAACCUUGACAUGGACAUUGCAGAAUUUGAUCCAAAUUUAAAAACUCCAAUAGCUCCAAAAAUACCAGAACCAUCAAUUGUAAGGUCUCAAGAUCAAGAAUUACCAUUGUUCCCACAAAUUCCAAUAAAUAAUCAACCUCCACAACAAUCUAAACAACAAAUCCAUAAACAAAAUAAUAUAAUAGAUCCCAAAUCAUUUUCUCAAGAAGAAGAAGCUGAAUUUAAAAAAUUUCAAAUUGUAUAUCCUUGUUAUUUCGAUUUGAAUAGAUCUCAUAAACAAGGUAGAAAAGUUAAUAUAGAUAGAGCAGUCGAAAAUCCAUUAGCUAAAACAAUAAGUGAUGCUUGUCAAAAGUUAAGACUUCCAGUUUUAUUAGAAUUGGAUAAAACACAUCCACAAGAUUUUGGAAAUCCUGGAAGAGUAAGAGUGCUUUUAAAAAAUCCAAAAGAUAAUAAUAAACCAGUAAAUUCUCAAAUUCAAAAUAAAAGAACAUUAUAUAAUAAAAUAUCAGAUUAUUUAGUAGAUCAUCCAACAGAUUUAGAUUCGGUUGGUGCUAAAAGUGGUAUAAAAUUACCAAGUGAUUUACAAUCAAAUUUUAAACCUGAUGAAAUUCCAAAAGUUAAAGGUUUUAAAAUGAAUACAAUUGUACCUAUACAUUCCCCAUUAACAAUGAAACAUCCAAUGACAAAAUCAAUUUAUGAUCCAGAACCAGAAACUGAAACUUCAAAUACUCCAAUAAAACCAAAUGUUCCAAAACAACCAAAAAAGAAAAUAAUGAGACUAAGAGGUUAA